GUUUGGUCUCCACCUUCUCCCUCCAGCUGUGAGCUUUGUUGGUAGGACUCGAACAUGCAUGCACCAUACCGAGCAGUGCAUUCACUUUGAGCAAUUUUAACUAAUGCAUUCGCCUUGCUCACUGGGAAAAUAUACGACUUUUAGGCUUGGGAGUUUAGUUUUCUGAAAUGUCGGAAGCGGGUAGUUCCUUGCUGGAUAAGCAACAGCACAUCAAAUAUUGGCAGCGCUGUCAUAAAUCUUAUCUCCCAUCCCCUUACACGGCCUACGACUCGACCCGCCUUACUUUCGCUUGCUUCAUUAUUUCGGCGCUUGACAUUCUGUCUGUCCCGCUCACCCAUACUGAACGUGGUGCUAUCCGUCGGUGGGUUCUCAGUCUGCAGCAUCCAGAAGGUGGAUUUUGUGGAAGUUCAACGCACGCAUUACCAGGCCAAGAAGCGUACAAGGGCACAGCAAAUAUUGCAGCUACCUUCUUUGCGCUUGUCCUGUUGGGCCUGGCAGCCGAUGGCGAGGAUGAGGCGAGGUCAGCUUUCAACGGGGUGGACAGAGUACGGUUAUUGAAGUGGCUGAAUAGGCUCCAAAGAAAGGAUGGGAGUUUCGGACAAAAUUUAUGGGACGGAGAGAUUGUGGGUGGCAGAGAUAUGAGACACAGCUAUCUAGCGAGCUGUAUUCGGUGGAUGCUGAGAGGGGAUGUCAAAGAAGGCGAUGAGGGCUGGGUAGAGGAUUUGAACGUUGAUGAAAUGAUUGCUCACAUCAAGAGAGGCCAGACGUAUGAUGGUGGAGUAGCAGAAUCGUCGCAGCACGAAUCCCAUGCUGGAUAUGCAUACUGCGCGAUAGGUGCGCUGUCACUCUUAGACAGACCACUAGAUUCGGCAUCGCCGCAUCCCCCCGAGGGGGCGCUGAAACGGGGCGUCCCGGAUCGUGAGGGACUCCUUCACUUCCUCGCCUCUCGCUCUUUCGCCUACCUUGCCAAGGAAGAAGAAGAGGAUGAAGUGGAGGAAAACUUUCUUGAGUCAAAGGCUGGUGAACUCGAUCUUGGUCAUAUCGGAUUCAACGGUCGAUGGAACAAGAAGGCCGAUACGUGCUACUGUUGGUGGGUUGGUGGUACGCUUGCAAUGCUAGGGAAUUCAACCAUCAUCAACGUCAUUCCUUCGCGACGAUAUCUUCUUGAUAUCACACAACAUCGCAUUGGCGGGUUCUCUAAGUCCGUAGGAGGGCCUCCGGAUAUGUACCAUUCGUACCUCGGCUUAGCUGCAUUGGCGACCAUGGGCGACGGUGAUCUGAAAGAAUUCGACGCGGGUCUAUGCUGCAGUCAAGAGACGACGAGGAAAAUACAAAAGGCAAGGGACGGACUAAUAGAGAGCACGAGAGGUAAUAGGGAAGCCUGGUGUAACGAUGGCUUCUGGUAGGUCUUGUAUCGAACAAAGCCUAUAGCAUUGACUAUAUACAAUAAAACCCACUGCUUCGAUUGGCAAAUGUGGACAGUGAA